AUGUCCGACGGAUGGAUAGCCUGCUUAGACGUGCCUGGCAUCUACUCAGUCACAGACUCACACGAACACACGUGUGGUCUCUCACCGCGCUGUCGCUCGUCCUCCACACACUCCGAGCAUCGCCGAUCUUCCCAAUCUCGACUCUGCAACUGCUGCUUCCCAGACCAACUCUUCGAAAAAAGGAUGACUACGACAGAGAGCGGCAAGCGCCGCCGACUGGUGGGCGUGUCCACCAAGAUGUACUUUGAUCUGGCCAAGUCCAAGUCAUACCUCGACGCCGUCCUUUCCUCCGUUCCCUCGCUCCUCGCCGAGCUGCGCGAGCCGACGGAUGUCUUUGUCAUUCCCGAUUUUGUCAACAUCAUCCCUUACGCCGAGCGCAUCGCUGCUGGCAAGGCGCCACUCUUGCUUGGUGCACAGGAUGCCCACCACGACGAUGGCGGAGCAUACACCGGUGAAGUCUCACCCAAGGUGCUCGCCCAGGCCGGCGUAAAGAUAGUCGAGAUGGGCCAUGCGGAGCGGCGCAGGCUGUUUGGCGAGACAGACGAAUGGGUUGCCCAGAAGGCCCUUGGUGCAGCACGGAAUGCCAUGGUGCCCCUCAUUUGCGUCGGCGAGGUCUCGCAAGGCGGCGGAGCGGAAAAGGCCGUCGAAGAAUGCUGGACUCAGGUCUAUCGAGUGUUUGAGAACCCAAACUUUCCAAAGGAUGCCGAGGUCAUCCUAGCCUACGAGCCCGUCUGGGCCAUUGGAAAGAGCGAGCCAGCGAGCGCAGAACACGUUGUAGCCGUCACCAAGCUGCUGCGUCAAAAGGCCGCUGAUUUGGGUCGGCCGGGCCUCGUGAGAAUCCUCUAUGGCGGCAGCGCUGGUCCCGGCCUAUUUCAAAAGCUCGAGGAGGGCGUCGAUGGUCUCUUCCUGGGAAGAUUUGCGCACGAUCCGAAGCAAUUUGUAGAAACCAUCACCGAAGUCGGCGGCGGUAGGAAGUAGUAGUACAAAUAGCAGAGGCUCAAAGUGACAAUAGAUUAAUACAUGAUUCGAGCAUCGAUGAUG